AUGCAUUAUAUUGGCAGCUUGCGGCAGCACAACGAAGAUUGGCGAAUUUCACGUGAAGAAGGAAGUCAAUUGGCUCAUGACGGCGUCUAUGUCGAUGGUGAUGAGAAGGGCGAUAGGGGGCAACCUUGCCUUACGCCUGCGUUGGUGGAGAAUGGGUCGCUGAUAUUGUCGUUGUGGAGCACUAUCACGGACACUCUGCCACAUCUCUGCUACAACGUGAAAUGUCCGCCCAUGUCCGAAAUGACCUGUCCGCCGGACAGCAGCGUACGCGAAAUUCUCAACACAAUUGAAGUGCAGCAAAUGACCGCAGCGCCCGAUACCGUCGACGAAACGCAAUUCAAUAUCACCGAAAUUGAUGAAGAAAUCUUUGCCGAAUGUUGCCUGGGAAAGAAGUGCCUCUGCAAAACUUGCUACAUACCCGACUGUCAUGGCGAGGAUGAAGUAGUCGUGGAGCUGUUGCCCGAAUCGAUGAACAAACCCGGCCAUUGUUGUGGUGAAUAUGAAUGUCAACGCAAACCGAAUUGCACAGCAGGAGGCGAUAGUCAGCAAUAUUGGCUGAAAGGUUGUCAGCGCUGCCACUGCUUCUCGGGCAAACCCAUGUGCAUACAAAUCUGCGAUGAGGCUGUCAACAAAACCAAAGCAAUUUGCAAACCAGAAAAGUUGAACGUCUUCUUUGAGCAUGGCGAAAGCUGGCGUGUGGGCUGCUAUGAGUGUGAAUGUGUCGAUGGCGUUGAAAAGUGUGUGCUACCCUUCUGCAGUAACAUCAAUUGUCCGCGCGAGCGACAGGUGACGCUUAAGGAUGGCUGUUGCCCCAUUUGUUGGCCCGACUGUGCGCCCAUGCCCAACGAGUUGAUUAGCGCUAGAAAUGGGAAUAAUAAGUACGGCAGUGGGCCACGUCGUUACGAUGAUGAUAUAACAGAGGAGCUAGACGAUAAUAAUACACCGCAUAACACCGACUAUAGUGCAGAGAAUGAGAUUGACACAUUGCCGGAUAUACCAUUCGGGGAGGAGGACGAACAGCAGCAGGAGGAAACUGAGAAGCAGUUAAGUGGUGCUAACAGCACAGCUGAAGCGCAGACAACUACGAAAGCAGCGGAUGGCAACACAACCACCGGCAGCAGCAUUAGCGCUGCAAACUCUACAACCACCACUACUACCAUAACCACAUCCACAUCCACCGCCAGCCCAGCAGGCCACACAACUGCUAGCUUAGCGCUUGCCGAGUACUUGCCUAUAUCGCCCAGCACCGCAGCCCCACAGGCAAUCGAUGCGCUAGCCAGUGAGCCUGCUAUUGUCACCGCUUGCCCGCCUGUUGCGGCCUCACGUCAUGACGCACCCGCCACUUUCCAGCUAUACCCCGAAGAUGUCAUGCCAGAAGUUCAAGUCAUAUCGGAGUCUUGUAAGCACUGGAUGAUCUACAUUGUCAUCGGUAUUUUGGUUGCUCUCAUUGCGGUACUGAUAGCUUGGAUUAUCCAGUUGCGUUUGAAACAACGCUCCUAUCGGCCAGUCUCGCAUACCGAUGAUAACUUCAAUAAGAUGUCCUGUAAUAUUAAGGCAACAAAUGCGUAUGUUUAAGAGAUGAGCUUUGCAGUAAGAAGGAAGUGCACAUGCACGAAGAUCUCAAUUUCCAUUUUGAUAAAAUUUUUUAUUUUCACCUAAAAAAGUCUAAGUUUAUCGAAAAAAAUUCAUUGCUACCCACAUUUUACAUAGACGCAUUCAAUCACGCGCAUAUUUGAUAAAUGCUUACUAUGAAAUUUAACUAAAAGUAUUGCAAAAAAAUAUAUUUUAUUUUACUUUAUUUUAUUUGUAAAGCUCACAAAUUUUAUUCAUUUUUAAUUCUAAUUUUUAGUACUUUAUAUGAAUAGUAGUUAAAAUUUUCUUGAUCUUAAGUACAUUUUUUGCUUUAUUAAACCAUAAAAUCUAGUUUUACUGCACAUUUAGAAAUAAUUAAAUUUUUUUAUUUUUUUUGCUUUUUCCCUGGUUAAGCGUUGCAACUUAUCCACUACUGGGGGCAAAAUAGAAAUUUAAGUUAAACUGAGCUGCUAUGGAGAAUUAGAAUUAUUGAAGAGAAAUAUUUAUUAGCAGCUAAUGUCAUUUCUUGUCCAGACAACGAGUUUAUAAUUUUUUCCAUAAUAUUGUAAAAAAGAAAAUUUAAUAUUUUUUUUCAUUAUAACCGUAAUUUAGCGAAAGAAUACCUAUAGUAUUAACUUACUUUUAGCUUGCGUGUAAUCAAUUUAGUAUAAGUUUCAUUGGAAAAAUAUAUACAUCUAUUCCGUAUUUACAGUGAAAGUUCACGCUUGCUUGUUUUAAAGAGUGUGUGGGAAUUUCGCAACAAAAAAUUGUAUUAAAAGUUAGAUUUAACUUGGCUGAUCAAGAAUCAUGCCACAUAAACCCAAGAACAGGUCACAGAGCACAAGGCAGGUAGAUUAUCAGGUUUGGCCAUCCGAAGCCAAAUUGCGAGAGUAACUUCUGCUCCAUGUCAUUGGAGGCGCGCCAUCAAUAUUUUGCUCUUCCCACACGCAUUCAUACAUUCAUCCAAUCAAUCGAUCUUUAUGUAUGGCAACAUAGUAAGAUGGAUGAGACUGCGUUGAUUUCUUCUUAUAUCACCAACAAAAUUUUGUUUGUCGUAAAAUAACCGCUCGCAUAAACCCAGUUACAUGAGCAAAUCAGCUGAGGUCUUCAAAAUCACUGAGAGCCGGUUAACGGUCGAAUGUCAGCCACACCUCUGCAUUCUGUCCAUCGUAUGUAGAGCACUAACUAAUCCCACCUGAGAGACCGACCAUUUUACUAUGAUAUUUUGUUUUUACAAUGCAUGCAAAAUCAGAAAUAGAGAGAGAGAGAGAUAGAGUGACAGAAAGAGAGAAAAAGAAAUAUAGAGAGGUAUAGCACGAGUGAGUUAGACAGCGCGAGCGAAAAGUUGCUUGAAGCCAGUGUUGCCAGAUUUUUUUUUUUGCAAAAAAUGUACAUAUCCAAAAAAACUGCUUUUGAAAAAAAACUCCAAAACAUUUUUUUCUUCAAUUCCAGAUUUGGUUUUAAUUUCAUUAAAAAUCAAUAAGAAAAACUAUAACUUAAAAUAAAAUAAUAAAGACAGUUUAAAUAAUACUUAAACAAAAACAGUCUUUAUAAACUGAUAACGAAAGCGAGAGAGAAAGAGCGAGAAGUGGCUUGAAGCCAGUAUUGCCAGUUAUUAUUUUUUUUUUAACUUUAAAUAUCUAAAAACCAUUGCUUUCAACCAAAAAACUCUGAAAACUAUUUUUUUAAUACGGAUUUUUUUUUUUUACUUUUAUUAAAAAUCAAUAACAAAAAACUGUAACUUAAAAUAAAAUAAUAAAAGCAGUUUAAAUAAAACUUAAUUAAACAAAAACAGUCUUUAUAAACUAGAAUAUUUAAAUCAGAUUUUUUGUUAAUUCAUUCAGUUUUCUAUAUUAUUUUUUCGUGAAUUGCUUAGUUAAUUUUUGUAUGCUUUUUUCUCGAUACCGCAAAUUUAGUAAUAUACAAUCUAAAUCAUUUUUUUUUUUUAAUAAUUCUUUUAUUCCUAAAAUGCCAGAGAGUGCUGGAAUUUCUAAUUUAUUUAUUUUUGUCUUAUUCAAAUCGAUUUUUUCCACAUUUGCCGAGUGCCAUUGAGUGCUCCAAAAAGGCAAAGCCUACAUCUCCAUCGAACUUUUUGUCUUAAUAAUGUACUCCCAAAAUGUUUAAAUAUCAGUUACAUAAAUCCAACUAACCGAUAAGUCAAUUCUAUCCAAAUAUGUGUAACGUAGUUCGCGUUUUUCAUCAUCAGCUGCCUAUAAUUCUGCCUAGCUUAAACGACUGUAAAUGAAAUAUAUUUUUACUUAUAUCUUCAAUUCAGAAAUUUCGGAAAAACUUGAGUUUGUACUAAUGAAGUAAUUUGAAAAAUGAUAAGCUUAUCUAAAAAACUGUCACUUAUAGUUAAAACAUUCAAUCUGGCAACAUUGCUUAGAAUAUACAUGUAAGAGCAGCGACGUUGGCAGCGCAAGCAGGGUAUUCAGGCGUAAAUAGGAAAACCAAAGAUGGCCGAUACUGGUAUGGAGGAGUGGGCUUCACAUCUUACACGUGACGUACUAGAUAGUGGGACAACUUUGGUGGAUCUUCAUGCCUCUCUAACCUACUCGGUGACAAGAGGAAUGCGUAAUCAAGCCCGCUGUAUCCUGGAGAGUAGUCUGAACUGAGUCUGAAUGAAGUAUUGUGAAGAGUAGAGAAUACAAAAUUAUGUUAUUGAAGUGGAAAUCCCCAUUUUAUUCACUUAAACAUUCAAAAAUUUCAGGAAUUCUACUCUCUCGCGCCUCAUCUGGCCGCUGGAAAAAUAAGAUGCUGUAAUAGACAGACGGCCGCUGUAGCCGAAUGGGUUGGUGCGUGACCAACCAUUCGGAAUUCACAGAGAGAACGUUGGUUCAAAUCUCGGUGAAACCAAAAUUAAUAAAAACAUUUUCUAAUAGCGGUCGCCCCUCGGCAGGCAAUAGCAAACUUCCGAUUGUAUUUCUGCUAUGAAAAAGCUCC